GAUUCGAGUGGCCACAUUCAUCUGAUAUUUGUCUCUUCAAUCUGGACGAAAAAGGGCUGGAAACAGGAACCGUUACAAAAAUUGCACUUACAUCUCGAGUGAUUCCGUAAAUAGUCCGAGCGAUGGCCGGCUGCCAAAUACUCCCCAGGCUGCCGUUACCCCGGGCCUUUUCCUCGACCAAGAAUUCCCACAGACUAUGGCACCCACAGUUGUCAACUCGGACAUCGCAAUGGCUCUCAGCAUCUCGACAACUGGGCAUUGAGACUUACACCAACCGACCCCGUUCCCUCAUUGCCUACCACACAACCACCCAGCUCCUUUCAACAGCAACCAAUCCCUCUCCAAGUCCAGCCGCCCCGACUUACACGCCUCCUCAAACAGGCCUUCUUUCCUACCUGCCGCGCUCAUGGGUUCCCUACGCGGAACUAAUCCGCAUUGACAAGCCCUCCGGCUCCUACUACCUGUUCUUCCCAUGCAUUUUCUCGACGCUCCUCGCGGCCCCGCUCGCCACGCCCAUGGCUCCGCCCCUCACCGUCCUGGGCACCUCACUCCUCUUCUUCGCCGGCGCCAUCGUCAUGCGCGGCGCAGGCUGCACCGUCAACGACCUCUGGGACCGGAACCUGGACCCGCACGUGGCGCGCACCCGACUGCGUCCAAUCGCGCGCGGCGCCAUUACGCCCUUCCAAGGCCUUGUCUUCACGGGCGCCCAGCUCCUCGCUGGGCUGGCCAUCCUGCUGCAGUUCCCUCUGCCGUGCUUCUUCUACGCGACGCCGAGUUUGCUCCUCGUCGCAACGUACCCGCUGGCGAAGCGCGUGACAUACUACCCGCAGUUUGUGCUGGGGCUGACCUUUUCGUGGGGCGCCAUCAUGGGCUUCCCCGCGCUGGGUGUUGAUCUGCUGAGCAACGGGGCGGCUCAGGCGGCCGCGGCGCUGCUGUACACAUCGAACAUCGCGUGGACGGUGCUGUAUGAUAUGAUCUACGCACACAUGGAUAUUAAGGACGACGCCAAGGCCGGCAUAAAGAGCAUCGCGCUGAAGCACGAUAAGGAGACGAAGCAGGUCCUCACGGGCCUGGCGCUGACGCAGGUCGCCCUGCUUGCUGGCGCAGGAAUCGCGACGGGAGCCGGGCCGGCUUUCUUCAUUGGGAGCUGCGGAGGCGCCUUGGUGGCGUUGGGGGUCAUGAUCAAGAGGGUCAACCUCAAGAACGUCAAGGAUUGCUGGUGGUGGUUUGUCAAUGGGUGUUGGAUCACGGGCGGUGUCAUCACCCUGGGGCUGACGGCUGAGUACCUCGCGAAGUAUGUCGACAGGGACGGCGAGGACUCGGCGGGAUGUAUUUGA